AUGUUCGAGGGCCCUGAUAUCCUUCGCACUAGCCAUCGGCUGCAGUACCCCUCUGUAGAGCUUCUCCGCGAAAUCACACUCAUACUCCGCAUUCGCGAUGUGAACGUGACUAAUCUCAUGGUCUUGAAUCUGGACGGCUCUCACCUACACAGUUUCAGCUCGCAAGCCUUUAAUGCGCUCUUCACGCCGGACAGGCCCAUUCACUUCAACUACCAUAGCUACCGCAAUGAGCUUGCCGCCUCACUCUCCAGCCAGCCGCAGAGUGGCUGUGUGACCAUUGAGGCGUACCGCGAGGAGGGUACCACGACGGCGCCUUUCAACAUGAUGCUUGCCAAUGACGUCUCCCAGUACCACGUUGCGCUCAGAGCGCUCGAAGGCGCAGAGCAGCGUAACGGGGACGUGCGGCUAGACUUCGUACGGCUGCACACGGACAUCCAGCAGUACAUCUACGAGUGCGGUCAGGAUUCGCCGGGAAUUCACGACUCGCCGUCGUUUCAGGGCUUCACGAAGGGAGUAGGCGGCGGCGGUGGUGGCGUGCUCUCUGGGCGCUUAGUGUCGACUCAGCCACGGCUGGAAGAUGACGAUCCCGACAGUGAGUUAGGAAUGAUAUGCGAUGUUGUUGGCUUCGGUCUCCUUCCUUUUCCCUUUUGA